AUGACUGUAUUUGAUUUCUAUACAAGUGUCGUACAAGAAACAAAGGAAUCAUUCAUAUUCGGUACAGUAACAGCGAGUGUGAAAAGGUUGUUGAACAAAAAUGAGAACGAAAACAUCUUGUACAACCAAGUUUGUGCAAUACGAGAUGGAUUUGAUUACGCUCAAUUCAACAUGAUAUACACAACAUUCUCAUGUAUCAUGGAGGAAUACGGCGUAAAAGAGACGAUGAGAAGCGGAUGCGCCAUCUUUGCAACAGCGUACUUGAUAGGUCUGAGAAAUGGGAUGAGUUUUGCAAUAAAAAAUGGAAUUGCAAGUGUGGUACUGAGCUAUGUUCAGCAUUGGGUAAGGCAAUUGAGCAUGUUCUAA